GCCCCGCCGCGCCGGAGUGUCCUUAGUGCCGCCGGGCAGCGCGGGGCGCUCACCGAGCGCCGUCCCCUCCGCCCCACCGCCCAGCCCACGGACGUGCUAUGGCUACGUCUAUCCUCGGGGAAGAGCCGAGAUUUGGAACGACUCCCCUGGCCAUGCUGGCCGCCACCUGCAACAAAAUCGGCAACACUAGUCCCCUGACCACCCUGCCCGAGUCUAGCGCCUUCGCCAAAGGGGGCUUCCACCCCUGGAAACGUUCCACCUCCAGCUGCAACCUGGGCUCCAGCCUCUCGGGCUUCACGGUGGCCACGAGUAGGGGUUCCAACGGACUGGCCAGUGGCACGGGCACCGCCAACAGCGCCUUCUGCCUGGCUUCCACCUCGCCCACUUCCUCGGCCUUCAGCAGCGACUACGGCGGCCUCUUCUCCAACUCGGCUGCGGCGGCGGGCGUGUCCCCGCAGGAGCCCGGCGGGCAGUCGGCCUUCAUCUCCAAAGUGCACAGCUCGGCGGCCGAGAGCCUCUACCCGCGGGUGGGCAUGGCGCACCCCUACGAGUCCUGGUACAAGUCGGGCUUCCACUCCACACUCUCGGCGGGCGAGGUGGCCAACGGAGCGGCCUCCUCCUGGUGGGAUGUGCACACCAACCCGGGCUCCUGGCUUGAGGUGCAGAACCCGGCGGGGGGGCUGCAGAGCUCGCUGCACUCGGGCGCCCCCCAGGCCUCGUUGCACUCCCAACUGGGCACCUACAACCCCGACUUCAGCUCCCUCACCCACUCCGCCUUCAGCUCCACCGGCCUGGGCUCCACGGCCGCCUCGCACCUGCUCUCCACCAGCCAGCACCUGCUCACUCAGGAGGGCUUCAAGCCCGUGCUGCCCUCCUACACGGACUCUAGCGCGGCGGUGGCGGCGGCCAGCGCCAUGAUCUCGGGCGCCGCCGCCGCGGCCGCCGGGGGCGGCUCGGCCCGCUCCGCCCGCCGCUACUCGGGGCGCGCCACCUGCGACUGCCCCAACUGCCAGGAGGCCGAGCGGCUGGGGCCGGCGGGGGCCAGCCUGCGGCGCAAGGGGCUGCACAGCUGCCACAUCCCCGGCUGCGGCAAGGUCUACGGCAAGACCUCGCACCUGAAGGCGCACCUGCGCUGGCACACGGGCGAGCGGCCCUUCGUCUGCAACUGGCUCUUCUGCGGGAAGCGCUUCACCCGCUCCGACGAGCUGCAGCGGCACCUGCGGACUCACACGGGCGAGAAGCGCUUCGCCUGUCCCGUCUGCAACAAGCGCUUCAUGCGCAGCGACCACCUGAGCAAACACAUCAAAACGCACAACGGGGGCGGCGGGGGCAAAAAGGGCAGCGAUAGCGACACGGACGCCAGCAACCUGGAAACGCCGCGCUCCGAGUCCCCCGACCUCAUCCUGCACGAGGGGGUGGGCGCCGCCACCCGCGGACCGGGCAAGGAACCUACCGCGGGGCCCGGCGACUCCUAGGGGCAGCGCCGCCGGAGCCGCUCGGACUGUGCCCCGCGCCGGCCGGAGGGACGCGAGCCGCCCCGCCGCCGACGGCGCCCGGGCCGCAGCGGGGGCGGGCCGGUGCACGGCGGGCCCGGAGAGGCGCGGCCCCCGUCCCGCCCGGCCAGUAGGUACCGAGUGACACUUUCUUCCGUUUCCCUUUUCUCUUUCUCUUGGAAGGCAAGCAUCCUAAGAGAGGCUUAAGGUGAGAAAUGCAGCUGCAACUCUGAGACGGUCCCUCUGUAUCUCAUAAACAUCUGUAUAAAUAGGGUUCAAAAAAGAAGAAAAUCAGGAAAAAAAAAA